AUUUGUGCUUUUUUAGGUUUUUUGCUAGUAUUAGCAAUUGGAAUCAUCCUUUUUUUAUUUAUUUUUUUAUGAGAACCAAUCCUUUUAUUCUUGGGGUUUCCGCACUUGUAGAAAAGAAGGCAGGACGUAUUGAUCAGAUAAUCGGCCCAGUACUCGACGUAUCUUUCCCUCCAGGUAAUAUGCCUAGAAUUUACAAUUCCUUGAUAGUUAAGGAUAACGAUACAACUGGUCAGCCAAUAAGUGUGACUUGUGAGGUACAACAAUUAUUAGGAAAUAAUAAGGUUAGAGCUGUAGCUAUGAGUGCUACAGACGGUUUGAUGAGAGGAAUGAAAGUAAUUGAUACAGGAGGUCCACUUAGUGUUCCAGUUGGUGAAACUACUCUUGGAAGAAUUUUUAAUGUUCUUGGGGAACCUGUUGAUGACUUAGGUCCUGUAGAUGCUCUCACAAGAUCUCCUAUUCAUAGAUCUGCUCCCGCCUUUACACAAUUGGAUACCAGAUUUUCAAUCUUUGAAACAGGCAUUAAAGUAGUGGAUCUUUUAGCUCCUUACCGCCGUGGGGGAAAAAUUGGAUUAUUUGGGGGAGCUGGAGUGGGUAAAACAGUGUUAAUUAUGGAAUUAAUCAACAACAUUGCUAAGGCUCAUGGAGGUGUUUCGGUAUUUGGCGGAGUAGGAGAACGUACCCGUGAAGGGAAUGAUCUUUACAAGGAAAUGAAAGAAUCGGGAGUCAUUAAUGAACAAAAUAUAUCAGAAUCAAAAGUAGCUUUGGUCUAUGGUCAGAUGAAUGAACCGCCAGGAGCUCGUAUGAGAGUAGGUUUAACUGCUUUAACUAUGGCUGAAUAUUUCCGAGACGUAAAUAAACAAGAUGUACUCCUAUUUAUUGACAAUAUCUUCCGCUUUGUCCAAGCAGGAUCAGAGGUAUCCGCAUUAUUAGGCAGAAUGCCUUCCGCAGUGGGUUAUCAGCCAACUCUUAGCACGGAAAUGGGUUCUUUACAAGAAAGAAUAACUUCUACCAAAGAAGGAUCUAUAACCUCCAUUCAAGCAGUUUAUGUACCUGCAGAUGACUUGACUGAUCCCGCUCCUGCUACAACAUUUGCACAUUUAGAUGCUACUACUGUACUAUCGAGAGGAUUAGCUGCCAAGGGGAUCUAUCCAGCAGUAGAUCCGUUAGAUUCCACGUCAACUAUGCUCCAACCUUCGAUCGUAGGCGAAGAACAUUAUGAAACUGCGCAAGGAGUUAAACAAACUUUGCAACGUUAUAAGGAACUUCAAGAUAUUAUAGCUAUUCUUGGAUUAGACGAAUUAUCAGAAGACGAUCGUUUAAUCGUGGCAAGAGCAAGAAAAAUUGAACGGUUUUUGUCACAACCCUUUUUUGUAGCAGAGGUAUUCACUGGUUCCCCCGGUAAAUAUGUUAGUCUAAUAGAGACAAUUAGAGGUUUUCAAAUGAUCCUUUCCGGAGAAUUAGAUGUUCUACCCGAACAGUCUUUUUAUUUGGUGGGUAACAUUGAUGAAGCUACCGCAAAGGCUAUGAACUUAAAAGAAAUUUAAAGAAACAAAAUGAACCUAAACCUUCGUGUAGUCACUCCCAAUCGAGUUGUUUGGGAUUCAGAAGUUCAAGAAAUAAUAUUAGCUACUAAUAAUGGUCAAAUGGGUGUAUUACCAAACCAUACUGCACUUGUAACAGCUUUGGAUAUAGGAGUCAUGAAGAUACGACUCAAUGCUCAGUGGUCCACUAUGGCUUUGAUGGGUGGUUUUGCCACGAUAGACAAUAAUGAAAUCACAUUAUUGGUAAAUAAUGCAGAAAGAGGUAUUGAUAUUGAUCUUCAAGAGGCUCAGGAAAGUUUUAGACUAGCUGCAGCUGAUCGUGCGCGAGCUGAAGGCAAGAGACAAGCAAUCGAGGCUGAUGUGGCUCUCAAAAGAGCUAGAACACGACUAGAGGCUGCUGAUGCUCUUUUGUUCAGAUAAAGAAAUAUUAAUUUAUGAAAUUGGAAGUAAAUGGAUAACGAUCAUAAAGAAGUCUUCAAUUUGCCUGAGCCAAUAACUGGGCACAUUUUCACCUAUGCCCAUACGGUCUG